AUGGCAGCGACAACAAGAAUGACUUCUGGCGGCUGGUUGACUCAGCUGAAAUUCAGCCUAUCGGGAACUGUGAGAAGAAUGGGGGUAUGCUGCAGCCCCCUCUGGGUGAGAUUUCGGCUGAAUGCUUCUUCUUGGCCCAUGUUCCUUUUGAAGACGCUAAAUGGAGCAGAGAUGGCUCCCAUCAGGAUUUUCCACAAGGAACCACCGUCACCUUCUCACAACUUCUUCAAAAUGGGAAUGAAGCUAGAAGCUGUGGACAGGAAGAACCCUCAUUUCAUUUGCCCAGCCACUAUUGGGGAAGUGCGGGGCUCAGAGGUCCUUGUCACUUUCGAUGGGUGGCGAGGGGCCUUUGACUACUGGUGCCGCUUUGACUCCCGUGACAUCUUCCCUGUGGGCUGGUGUUCCUUGACUGGAGACAACCUGCAGCCACCUGGCACUAAAGUUGUGAUUCCAAAGAAUCCCUACCCUGCAUCCGAUGUGAACACUGAGAAGCCCAGCAUCCACAGCAGCACCAAAACUGUCUUGGAGCAUCAACCAGGGCAGAGGGGGCGUAAACCAGGAAAGAAGCGGGGCCGGACACCCAAGCCCCUAAUUCCCCAUCCCAUCUCUACCCCAUCCAAGUCAGCUGAGCCUUUGAAAUUCCCAAAGAAGAGGGGUCCCAAACCUGGCAGUAAGAGGAAACCUCGGACUUUGCUGAACCCACCACCCACCUCACCAACAACCAGCACCCCUGAACCGGACACCAGCACUGUACCCCAAGAUGCUGCCACCAUACCCAGCUCAGCCAUGCAGGCCCCCACAGUUUGUAUUUACUUGAACAAGAAUGGCAGCACAGGCCCCCACUUAGAUAAGAAGAAGGUCCAGCAGCUCCCUGACCACUUUGGGCCAGCCCGAGCCUCCGUGGUGUUGCAGCAGGCUGUGCAGGCUUGCAUCGACUGUGCUUAUCACCAGAAAACCGUCUUCAGCUUCCUCAAGCAGGGCCACGGUGGUGCAGUUAUCUCAGCCGUGUUUGACCGGGAGCAGCACACGCUCAACCUCCCAGCAGUCAACAGCAUCACCUACGUCCUCCGCUUCCUGGAGAAGCUCUGCCACAACCUUCGCAGUGACAAUCUGUUUGGCAACCAGCCGUUUACACAGACUCACUUGUCACUUACCACCACAGAGUACAGCCACAGCCACGACAGGUACCUACCAGGUGAGACCUUUGCCCUGGGAAAUAGUCUGGCCCGGUCUUUGGAGCCACGCUCAGACUCAAUGGACUCUACCUUGAAUCCCACCAAUCUUGUCAGCACUUCCCAAAACCUUCGAAAUCCAGGGUACCGGCCUCUGCUUCCAUCCUGCAGUCUCCCACUGGGCACUGCCUCAGCUGUGCGCAGGCUCUGCUCCAGGGGGGUAAUUAAGGGUCAGUCUUAUGACAGAAGAAGGCAAACCUUUCUGAAACUGGAAAAAGCCUGUGGCCAUGACAGGCACUUUUACCGCCGGGACGCCUCUCGACUGAGUGGCCGGGACCCCUCCUCGUGGACGGUUGAGGAUGUGAUGCAGUUUGUCCGGGAAGCUGAUCCCCAGUUUGGACCCCAUGCUGACCUCUUUCGCAAACACGAGAUCGAUGGCAAGGCCCUGCUCCUGCUGCGCAGUGACACGAUGAUGAAGUACAUGGGCCUGAAGCUGGGGCCUGCGCUCAAGCUCUGCUACCACAUUGACCGGCUGAAGCAGGGCAAGUUCUGAGCAGGGCAGUGCAGCCUGGACGGCCGAGGGGUCCAGCAGAGGGGGCUCUUCUCCCGGGAGGGAGGGCCGUCAGGCACCUCAGCAGGGUCCGAGGCCACCUCAGGACUCCAGGAGGCUGUGUGGAGCCACCCCACUGCCCCCUCCUGCCAUGAGAUGUCCUUCCAUGAAGGACCGAGGAGCGGGGUGUGCGGCCCAGGCACUGCUCUUCCCUUCAGCCCCGUCUUGGCUCUGAGGCCCCGUGUAUUUAUUUCUCAAGCCUGGGUGGCCUCCCUCCAGGAGUUUAGACUGAACACCUUCCAGGUGAUGGAGGAAGGGGCUGAGCUGUGAGGUCUCGAAAGAUGGGGCCCUGAAGCAACACUCGCACCGGGUUCGGCCUGGUGGUGUGGCUCCCACAGCUCCUGCCUUCUCCUCAUGAGAUCCACAGAUCCCAAACUCAUGGUGCAAACCUCUACCUUUUUUAAAAAGAGAUCUUUUCUUAUUAUUAAUUUAUUGUUUCUGGCACUUGGGCAAGCCCUCCAGUUCAUACCCCUCUUGCUCCAGACACUGGUUUCAGGAGGAGGGCGACCACACUGCCCUGGCCCCACACAGGCCCUCUCCAGAGAGCUGUGGCCCCUUCUCAGAGGACAUUACCCAGGCACUUUCUCCGUGGGAUGGACAGCCCGACCAAGCCUCGACCACGUCAUUCAGCACAGGGGGGAGAGGGCCCCUGUCAUCUGCCCUCUCUCCCUCCACCAGGCCUCUGCAGCCCCGGCCUCACCUGUGGGAACAGGAGUUCCUGCCCUGCACUGCCCCGCCACAGCUCCUUGCCCUGGCCAGAAUUGCUGCCAAAGAAGGUUGGGCCCAGUGUUUUAAGCCAAGAAGGCCCUAAGAUGGAUGGGAGAGAACGGUCUCUAGGCUGGAGUCUGGUUGCACCCACUCCACUGUCCACAGGCUUCUUUUGUAAGCAGGUCAGCAGUCCAGCUGCCCCCGCUGCCAUCUGGACUUAUUUUAUGUCAAUUUGUUUAUAAAUAAAAAACCAUAUA